CCCAGACCAACCCCCCUCGAUCCGCCCCGUCGUGUCUGGUGCUAGCUACCACUCUGUGCUUUGUGUUCUCGACAUUCUUGCCCAACACACCCGCUCUCCCUCCAGUGGCAAAGCGCGCGGGCUCUCCUCCUUCCUGCCUUGCUUAGAAUCAGGGGCCAUCAAAGCCAACAGGGUAAAACACAACACCACAACCCUCCAUUGUCCAUUGCGGAGAGACGAGGUCCAGCCGCCUGUCAGCGCCAGCAAGCCAGCAAGCAGCUCGCGCACCUACCACACGCACGCACACACGUCCUUCAUCACUUUGACGCUUAGCAAACACCACCAUCAAUCCAUUACACCACACCGCUAGUCCUCUGUUCGUCACCACGAGACUCUGCAGCGACAUCGCCGCUUCGCUCAUCGCGUCGCUAGCACGUACACGCCGCGUCGACGCAACGCCGCCAUCGCCCCGAGCCCCCAUCAACACUCCUUCGAUCCCCCCCGCCGCCUUCGCGUCCCUCUCCACUACUACCACCACCACCACAUCACGCUCCGCGUCGGUACACGCGCGACAUGUCGGUUGCCCCUUCCCCUCGCCGGCGGGCGUCUCUCGUGUCGUCGCCCACCCCGUCCUCACCCACAGCACACUCGAGCAUCCCAAGGCCGCAGUCGGCAUCUGGUCGAUACAGGGCCUUUGCUAGCACGCCACCCUCUGACCCGCUCCCCGCCGUGCCCGCCGGUGAUGAGGCCGACAAAGGCCAGGUUCGCGUAGUCCUCCGUAUCCGGCCUUCGGACCCCACCGACAAUGGCAUUCCUCCUCGCCAUCGCGCCGUCCUCGUACACCCCAGCUCGCAGACCGACGUGCGCGUCAGCGUAGACCCCGCUACUCUGGCCGGAAACGCUCCCGUCGGCGCGUCUGCAUCAAAACGUCACCCCACCUUUGCCUUUGACCGCGUCCUUCCAGAGCGCUCAACGCAGCUCGACGUCUACAACGCGACAGCACGCGACCGUAUCGAAGAGUUCCUACGAGGAUUCAACGUGACAUUUUUGGCUUAUGGUCAAACCAGCUCUGGCAAGUCGUACACCAUGGGCACCACGGGUGACGACGCCGACUACCUCGAUAUUUCAGACACCUCCCGGGCCGGUCUGAUUCCUCGAACAGUCGAGACCCUGUUCAGACGCGCCGAGGAGAUCCGUCUGGGAUCCGGGCCCAACGCCAGCUGGGAAUGCCGUGUUUCCUUCCUUGAGCUCUACAACGAGGAUCUCAUUGACCUGUUGUCAAGCACCGACCUGCCAGUGUCAAUCAGGGAGAACCAGGAUGGCCGAAUCGUUUGGUCUGGCGUUCGCGAGGUCAAGGUCCACAGCGUCCACGACGUCAUGCACCUCCUUCAGGAGGGAUCCGCUCGUCGCCAGACUGGCCAGACCAACAUGAACGCGACAUCCUCGCGUUCCCACGCAAUCUUCUCCCUCACCAUGACACAAUCGCGUCGCGCAGACUCGGUCAACGGCUCCAAGAGGCCAAUGUCGGUCAUGGCCAUGGGCUCGGGAUCGCGUUCCACCACCCCAGUCUCCUUCCGCGGCACGCCUCCUUCCGCAUUUGGCUCCAAGCUCGGCGGAAGGCCCACCAGUGUGCACGUCAGCGCCCUCAAUGGCCGCGACGACAUGGUCAUCAUCACCAGCAAGUUCAACAUGGUUGACCUUGCCGGCUCUGAGCGCCUUAAGCGCACUGCUGCUCAAGGCGAGCGCAUGAGGGAGGGUAUCUCCAUCAACAGCGGUCUGCUUGCUCUGGGCAACGUCAUUUCGGCGCUUGCGGAACCGUCAAAGGCCCGCGGUCAUGUGCCCUACCGUGACUCCAAGCUCACCAGGUUGCUACAGGACUCGAUUGGUGGCAACGCCAUGACGACGAUGAUUGCAUGUGUUUCGCCGGUCGAGUUCAACAUAAGCGAGACCAUCAACACGAUCAAUUACGCCUCGCGUGCCAGGAAAAUUAAGAACUCGGUCACCAAGAACCAGCAGGAGGUUGGCUGGGACGACAUUGACCACUUGCGUAACACGGUCCUCAAGUUGCGGACAAAGAUUGCUGGCCUCGAAACCGAGCCUCGCACGAUUGGCAAGGUCGAAGAGGCCCCCGACGGCCACAAUGACGACAUCCUGCAGCGCCAGGUCAUUGAACUGAGCAACAAGCUCGCCGACUUGGAAGAUGACUUUAGCCAUCUCCAGGACGAGUACUUCAAAAAGUGCCGCGAGAUUGUGGCGCUCAGCGACCCCGACAUUCUCGAGGACGACAAGCUGAGACAGUUCAAUGAGACCAUUGAGCCCGUCGUUCUCGAGUACGAGAAGGUCGUCACGUCGUUGAAUGGCCAGCUCGCCGAGCUCCGCGCCGAGGCUGCCAUUCACCACCAGGCCCACGAGGACCAGACUGGCGAGCUCUCAAAGACCAGGGAUCGUCUGUCCGAGCACGAGUCUUAUGUCACCGAGCUGCAGGCCAGGAUCGCCAAGCUCACAGCAAGAAACGACUCGAGCGAGGGGUACAUUCGCGACCUCGAGUCCAAGUUCCGCUCCUUCACCGACAACGACGACCGCCAGACUGAGGUUAUUGCAUCUCUCAGCCAGGACCUUCAGGCCCUCAAAGGCGAAGCCGCCAAGAGCAACACGUACAUCUCGCAGCUCGAGAGCCGCGUUGCCUCGUCCGAGUCGCGCACCAAUGAGCUCGCUUCGCUUGUUGAGCGUUACGAGCAGGAGGCGGAGGAGCGCGAAAAGUCUUUCCGUGAUCUCGAAGGCCGUUUGGCGUUGCUGGACAACGAGCACAGCGAGCACAGUGAUCACAGGGUAGACCAGCUCUUGGAGGAGCUCGAUGAGCGCGAGCGCAAGAUCGAGGAGCUCGAGGGCCGCCUCCACAGCUCGCACGAGUCGCGUGAGCUGGCCCCCGUAGACUCGAAGGCUGCUCCUUCCACGCCCCCGGAGACGCCUCCCGUUCUUCGCACCAUUGCAGAGGACUCGAACGCCGAGGUUGAGAAGCUCCGCCGGGAGAACCAGGCUCUCCAGUUCAGGCUCCGCGAUCUCGAGCAGCACAUUGGCGCCCCUGCCACGCCCAUUCUCGACCCUCCCGCGGAGCAGGACGAGGAGCUCGAGACCGACCAUGACGAUGACGCUGACAGCGGCAACAAGCGGGGAAGCACUGGCGAGUCGAGCGAGUCGGACACAACACUGGAAACACCCAAGCUUGCGAGCCGAACUGUUUCGCCUCAGAUCCACGACGACCCUCUCAACUCGCAACGGUCACCAUACUCUUCUUUCCGUGCCGGCGACUUCCGGUCUCGUCAGGCCCAAGGGGAGCCGAGGCUUUUGCGCCCUCUCUCGCUGUCACAAGGAUUAUCGGCCCUAUCCUACUCGGGCUCGUCUCCUCGUUACUCGUGGAGCGCGCCUGGCAACGGCCUGCUCGCCUUUGAGAGAUCCCCCAAGCUCGACCGCUCGCCGAAGCGCCAGAGCAUGCCCUUCGACUCAAAGCCCCUGCGCUCGGCUCAGAGCCUCGAGAUUGACCUCAACCUGCUGCAGAAGUCGUUGCAAGACCGCGACGCCCAGCUCAGGCAGCGCGAGGUUGAGAUCCUUUACCUCAAGAAGACGCUCUCGCAGGGCACGACCAUUGCCACCAGCACUUCCCAGCUCAACACUGAGGAGGUCAUUGACCGCCUGAGAAAGGAGCAUGCCGACGAAAUUGAGAAGAUUUACGACGGUCACAACAAGGCCAUGAACUCGAUCGAGGACGAGCACACCGAGUCCAUCACGGCCAUGGAGCAGGAGCUCCAGGCUAUCAAGAAGCAGCACCAGUCGGAACUGGACGAGCUUCUGCGGUCUCACCGUACUAGCCUCGAGGACCUCGAUGUUCGUCACCGCGGAGAGCUCCAGGAGUCGAGCGAAAUCAAGUCGGCCCUGGAUGCUGCCUGGGAGGAGCUGGCCGCCACUGGACGGCGCCACCAGGCUGAGCGUGACGCUCUCGUCUCCACCCACCACAAGGAGGUUGAGGACCUUGACAGCCGCCACGUCGAGGUCUGCGACGCCCUUCAGAAGGAGCUCGAGGCUACCACUACAUCUCUCCAGAGCGUCCGCGAGGAGCUGGCUGCCGCCAAGGAGGCCCAGCUGCUUGCCGAAAAGGAGCUUGCCGCCCGCCCAGAGCCCUCGACUGUCAUUGCCCUCGAGGAGCACAACAUUGUUGUCACCGCAAUGGAGGACAUGGAGAAGGAGCUUACUGCUGCCGAGGAGGAGAAGCGCCAGCUCAAGGUCAAGUCUGACCAGCUUCGCUUCGAGCUCUCUCGCGUUCGCGACGAGCACCAGCUUCAGCGUUCCUCGGACCUCAGCAAGCUUGCCGAGCUUGAAAAGCGCUGCUCGGUUCUGUCGUCUGAGAAGGAGGAGCUCAAGCAGCUUGCUUCCGACUACAAGAACCGCGACUCGAAGGUCUCCAUCCUCGACUCGCGCUCUUCGCGUACCAAGCUCCCCCCUAUUGGCCCUCCCCCGACCGCACCUCUGCCACCACUUCCUGCUGGACGCGAGGCUGUCCUUUCGCCCGCCCUCACCAACGGCUCGCUCCCCAGGACAUCUCAGCACGAGGGUUCCAUCGACAGCACACGGUCGUCACGUUACGAGACCCACGAGGGCUCCGUUCGCCCCGACUCUGUGCUCACUUCUGCCGAGAACGAGCGCGACAAGGCGCUUGCCGACCGCGAGGAUGCUAUCGCCCAGGUCACCGAGGCCAGGGAGAAGAUGCAGGAGGUCGAGUCCAAGCUCGCCGCCGAGCAGCGCAACAAUGAGCAGUUCAGCAAGGACCUCGUCGAGCUCCGCAAGAACAACAGCAAGCUCAAGGUCCGCGUCGACGACGUCAACCGCGAGCUCACCGAGCUCAAGCGCGAGCGUGACGGUCUCCGUCGUGACGUUGUUGAGAUGAAAAACGAGCUGGCCGACGCCCAGUACGAGCGUAUCGCCGACCGCCAGCGCCUUGAGGGUGCACGGAACGAGGUCGCCCAGUACAAGGCCAAACUUGACCGCAUGGUCGACGCCAAGUGCUUCUAAACCUACAUAUUUUCGGAUAUUCGUGUUCGGUGUCUUUCUAAUCUCCAUUUAUAUCCCCACCUAUUUCCACUUUGUGCUGUGGAGACUCUAUCGCCCUCGUGCGCGCCGCGCUGUCGUGCUUGCCACUAUCGCCGCCACACGCCGCCGCGCCCCGACUGGUGGGAGAUCGAAACGGGGUUCGCAGCAGCAUAUCUGCACGUGUAGUCAUAGCAUUUUUGUUGGGUUUUGGUCUCGAUUCCCCAGAGGGGCCCGAGCUGGUCUGUCGUGUCACGAAAUUACGCCUCUUGUGAUACCAUCAAACCUGUACAGGUGGACAACAUA